AUGGCUUAUGAAGUUGCCGUUCAAAGCUUCUUCGACAGCCAGAUCGACUGGAAGAGGAGCCCUGCGUCUGAUCAGAACCUCUUCCCUGACUUUGUUGUGAAGAAGGUUUCAGAGCUCGUUGGCUUUGGGCUCCAGGAACCGGAGCCACUGGACGUUCACACCGAGGCUGGGACGCGCUUGUCGCCGCAAGAGUUCCACUCCCAACUCCAUCAAAAUUCGGAGGAGCUGCGACUCAUUGAUGUGCGGAACACGUUCGAGUACGAUGUGGGCCAUUUCGAUGGUGCCAUCGAUCCGGGCAUGACGCACACAGCUCAAUGGCCUCGAUUUGUAAAAGACAACAUACAGGAUCUGCGAGGCCGCACUGUGAUGCUGUACUGCACAGGAGGAAUACGAUGUGAGAAGGCAUCAGCCUAUCUGAGGCGCAGGCUCAAGGACUUGGGCGACAGCUCCACCCCUGUGUUCCAGCUCGAAGGUGGCAUCCAUCGAUACCUUGAGGCAUUUCCUGAUGGCGGACAUUUUCAGGGAGCCAACUUUGUCUUCGACAAGAGAGCGCAGAUGCGCUCAGGCAGUGCUUCCGUGGUUGGCCGCUGCUCGGAGUGCUCCUCACCCUGGGAUACUCAUCAUGGCGGCAGGGUUUGUGCAGUCUGCCGAGCAUUGGUCCUGGUAUGCGACGCCUGUGAUGCCACCAGCAGCGGCGAGUACUGGUGCCCGGAGCACUCGGAGAUGAAAGGCAUCUACCACCACUUCCUCGACCGUUUCAGUGCGGAAGAGCUGCAGCUGCAAGCCGGUGCUCUGCAAUCCUGCCUUGCAAAAGAGGUGGGAACUCGUAAGAAGAACCGGCGGAACACAUUGCGAAAGAAGCUAAUGCAGGUGGAGGCGAGGCUGGCCUUCUUGACAGAUGGUGCUGGCGCCUCUCCUGCUCCUCCCAUUCGUCGGUGCCGGGCAUGUGAAAGGCCAUACUCUGAGUGCCCGGGCUCUUGCUGGGGUUUCUGGCGGCAUUCUGCAGCUGAGUAG